UGAAACUUCCUUUAUUAGGGUCUUAGUCGCUUACGCCAGCCUUCACUGACUGAUGGACAGUUCUCCGGGCUGUGUAGUCGCUAUGCGGACGCCGACACACCAAGCAACGUCCUCUGUAGAAAUUCGUCUCUGACAUUGAUCAAGUGCCCACAGAUGAAGUCCCAUUACCUCAUCCAGGAGCAGUAGACUUUUCUACCACCAUAGGAGAAGGUGAGGGUGAGGUAUUGGAGAAGGCACUACAUAGGAUGAGUGAGAGAGUCCAACAGAGGAGGGUGCUCACCAAACCUUGCUUCCAGGACUUUGACAAGCACCACAAUGGAUAUGUGACAUGCAGUCAAUUUAGACAGUGUCUUUCCUAUCUUGGACUGGCUGGCAGCGACCAGGAGAUGCAACUUAUGGAAAAGAGGUAUGGAGACAGUAAGGGAGUAAACUACCUUCAAUUCUUGGAGCAUCUACAGCCGACAGAGAGACUGGAAGACAAGUACCAGACCAGAAUUUCCCAGCUCUCUACCAGACACACACAAACAACACCUGGUGCUGCUGCUGUAAUUGUGAAGGUCGAUGCUGAAUCUGUCCUGGACAAAAUCAAGACAAAAGUAAUGAAGGAACGAGUGCGUGUGCUGGAGUUCAUGAGGGACUAUGACAAACUUCGCUCCGGUCGUAUCCCUGCAACCUCCUUCCGCCAAGCUCUGGACUUGUGUGGCUUCGGCUUCGGACAAGAAGAAGUCACUGCUCUCGAGAAAGUGUACCAAUCACCCAAGGACCCUAGCCAAGUGGAGUACAUGAGGUUCUCUGACGAGAUAGAGUCGGUCUUCACCAGGAAGGACCUGGAGAAGACGCCCACUGCGGAGGUGGUUCAGUUUGUGCCGCCGGUCGGGGUCAACAUGUAUGUUCUGAGUCCAGAGGAAGAGCAGACACUGCAGAAGACCAUGCACAGACUGGCAGAGAGGGUACGGGUACGUCGUAUUCAGAUAUUCCCUCUCUUUGAAGACUACGAUAGAGUCCACAUUGGCAGUGUGACUCGCUCACAGUUCCACCGAGUUCUGAGUGAGCUGGAGAUGGGUGGACUGGUGAAUGCCAUGGAGUUUCAAAUCCUCUACCGCAAGUUUGAUGUGAGAGUUGGAGGAAGAAACGACGUCAACUACAUCAGCUUCUGUCAGAUGAUUGAUGACUAUGCACAGACUCGCUGGACCGACCCUGCACUCAAGUGACUCGCAGUUUGUUGCAAAAACUAAUUAGGACUCUGUGCUCAUUAAGGUGUCACAUGUCACAUGCAAUUGAAAGCCAUCUUGUUGUAUCGUAUUGGUUUGUGGGGAGAAGAGGUAGCUAUGUAGCAGUAAAUACAUGCAUGCUUCUGCAUGUACUGAUUAUUUCCACCCUACAUGCUUAUACCGUAUUGCUGCUGCUAUACGUUCAGCUCAUUCACAGGUUGGUAGCUAGGCUGCCUUUAGUUUGUUGCAUCCUCAGAGUCUAUAUUAUACUAAUGCAGAAAAUGUUACAACUCGACAGCCUCAAUGUCUAUAAUACCUUUACGUGGAAAACAUAUCUUGCUGGGAACUAGGCUAGCGAAUUCAAACAUUAUUAUAAAAAAAGCAUAGCCUUACACAUUCGCUGAGUAUUUGGACCGUGCAUAAAGUCUUGGUAGUU